GGAAAAAAACAGUUUCGUGCCCAGGUCUAGAGUUUUCUCUGCAUUGCUCUCACUGCUUGCACUCCCUCCACCUCCGCAACACACUUCACACUCUAUCUGUGAUUUACUUUCGGACCCACAACCAUUCGACUAUAUAUCGAGAGAAUCCCUUCAUCUAUUCAACUCUUCUUUUACAAUCUUCAUCUUCCACUCUAUACCCCUCUCUCGCUCGAGCACUUGUGUCUGAACCAAAGACCAAGACCUUCUAAUAUAUAAUCACUUCUUCUCCCGCUAUCACUCCCGUUCUUGUAUACCCAUAUCCUACCUAUUCUCAACCACCAACCUUCACAACCUUCACAAUGGCAUUUUGCUCCGUUUCUCGCAACAUCCUCCGCGCCACUCGUGCCCCUGCCGUUGCUAUCCCCAAGAACUCGCGAUGCUUCUCCGCCACCCCUGUGCAACGUGUCAUUGACACCAACUUGAAGAAGAACGUUGUCCGGGAGAAGGAGGUUCCUGUCACAGUCUACAGUGCUGGCCAAGGCACUGGUGACAAGCACACAGUCAACGUCCCCGAGGCAGCUGCUCGAGUUCCCAGCGAGCCUCGUGCUCCUUCUCACGAGAGCGACAUCGUUCAGCCGCUCACCCGCAAGACCUUUGAGCAGCUCCCCCACACCAUGCGCAACAUGAGUGUCUAUGGCAAGACCAUCAUCCUCACUGGCGCUGCCCGUGGUCUUGGAAACCAUAUGGCUCGUGCUUGUGCUGAGGCUGGUGCCAAGAACAUUGUUCUCUUUGACGCCAACCAGGAGCUUGGUGACGAAGCCGCAGCUGAGCUUCACGACAAGACUGGCCUACCUGUCUCCUUCUUCAAGGUCGAUGUUCGUGACGGUGCUGCCAUCAACGCUGCCGUCGACGAGGUUGUCGAGCGCUAUGGUGCUCCUGAUGUUCUCAUCAACUCUGCCGGCAUCGCCGACUCCAACAUCAAGGCUGAGACUUACGACCCUGCCAUGUUCCGUCGCCUUAUCGACAUCAAUCUUACCGGCUCUUUCCUCAUGUCUCAAGCCGUCGGACGUGCCAUGAUGUCCGCUGGAAAGCCCGGCAGCAUCAUUCUCGUCGCCUCCAUGUCUGGCUCCAUCGUCAACUUCCCCCAGGAGCAGAGCUGCUACAAUGCCUCCAAGGCGGGUGUCAUUCAACUCGGCAAGUCCCUUGCGGCUGAGUGGGCCAAGUACGACAUCCGGGUCAACUGCAUCUCUCCCGGUUACAUGGAUACUGCCCUCAACCGAGUUCCUGCGCUUGACGCCCAGAAGAAGAUCUGGAAGUCCCUGACACCCCAAAACCGACUGGGUAACGUUGACGAGCUCAACGGCCUUUGCAUCUACCUCGCCUCAGACUCUUCCAAGUUCAUGACUGGUUCCAACUGCAUCAUCGACGGUGGCUACACAUGCUACUAAGCGAGCGGCGCCCUAUUUUGACGGUUAGCGAAGAAUGGUUCCUACGAAUGGCUGGAUCGGGAAGGCCCUGAAAGAGGAUUUGAUUUUCUUUGUUUGGAGUUCCGGAAACAAUUGGUGACCUAUUUUUUUGAGCAAGGACCAAGGACGAAAAGAGACGUAUGAUGAUAAAACUAGAUCAGCUCUGGAUACCAUAGAGCAGGAUGAAUCUGCCGUAUUAGACACGGAGCGAGGCGAUCCAGACAAAGGAUCUAGAUUUAAUAGCCAAUGGCAUAUAAUGAAUCCAAUAAAAAGAACCAC